AUAAUCCAUCUGGGGGAUCCAAGCAGCGCAUGAAUAGACUUGCAAAUCAUCUACUUAGCCAGCACAGCUUCUAUCCUCUAUACCCACCAAUGGAAGAUACUCCCGUGGAUUUUUCUCUCGCUCCAGAGGCUCUUCAGAUCCCUUGUAAUCUAGAUAUCCUAAUCCUAUCCUCUGACUUGGCUCAUUUCGUGAAGGUGUUGUCAAUUGGGGAUAAAAAUGACGGGGAAGAGCAAGCGAAGUGCAUUUGUGUUAAUCCGGGAAGACUGGCUAGGGGCGAAGGAGCGGGUUUCUUCGUGGAGCUUAACUACAGGGGAAGCCCUGAUUCAGCUAGUGCUUCAGUUAUAAGCAUAUAG